CGUUCUCGUCAUCCGGCAACUACUUGUAGCUGUUUGUUCAGUAGGAACAGCGCCUAACAGGUUAACUGGCUAACAGCCAAAUUGCCAAACGAGUCAUAAAAAGAGAAAAGAAAAAAAAAGGGGAAGUCUCAUCGGUUCUCCGUUGGAACAACUCGCAGAUGGGACAUCCCGCAGCCCAGACUUCGUCAUUAUUGACAGAUUUCCUUCGUCAGCGUGGCGGCGUCGCCAUCAUUGACGGUGGUCUCGCCACAGAACUCGAACGGCACAGUGCUGACCUUAACGAUCCCCUUUGGAGUGCCAAGUGUCUUCUCACUUCUCCUCACCUCAUCCGUAAUGUUCACCUUGACUAUCUUGAAGCAGGUGCUGACAUUAUUAUCACAGCAUCUUAUCAGGCCACCAUUCAGGGUUUUGAAGCAAAAGGCUGUUCCGGUGAAGAAAGUGAAGCUUUGCUUAAAAAAAGUGUGGAAAUUGCCUGUGAGGCAAGGGAUAUUUAUUAUGAGAGAUGUCAAGCUGAAACUUCUGAUGGUAAUAAUGACAAUAGGGUUUUGAAACGGCGCCCCAUUUUAGUUGCAGCUUCUGUUGGCAGCUAUGGAGCAUAUUUGGCUGAUGGAUCUGAGUACAGUGGGAAUUAUGGUGAUGAAAUUACCUUGGAAACCUUGAAAGCUUUUCAUCGCAGAAGGGUUCAGGUGUUGGCAGAAUCAGGUGCUGACCUCAUAGCAUUUGAAACAGUUCCAAAUAAGGUAGAAGCUCAGGCUUUUGCUGAGCUCUUAGAGGAAGAAAACAUAAAGAUUCCUUCAUGGUUCUCCUUCAACUCCAAGGAUGGUGUCAAUGUAGUUAGUGGUGAUUCUUUGGUUGAAUGUGCCUCAGUUGCUGAAUCAUGUGAGAAAGUAGCUGCUGUGGGAAUCAACUGCACACCACCUAGGUUUAUCCAUGGACUAAUAUUAUCUGUUAAGAAGGUGACCUCCAAACCGAUACUUAUAUAUCCAAACAGUGGAGAGAGUUAUGAUGCUCAUCGAAAGGAGUGGGUGCAAAAUACUGGUGUAUCAGAUGAAGAUUUUGUGUCACAUGUAAACAAAUGGUGUGAGGUGGGGGCUUCCCUUGUUGGAGGCUGUUGUAGAACAACCCCAAACACUAUAAGGGCUAUAUACAGGACUCUCUCCAAUAGAUCUGCUCUGCCAUUAUAGCGACCUCCCUGAUUUCAACAGAAGUAGCAAAACAAUCACAAAUCUGAACGAGGCCAUUGAAUGGGCUUCCAUGGUCUGGAUAUUUUUGUCAUAGGUUGUGAAAUGGAGAGGAUGAUCUGACAGCCUACAUUCAAGGUCAGGUUUGAAACUUGUCCUAGCAGCUGAGAUGCCUUCCAUGAGCUACUCGUCGAGGGACCAUCACUAUUUAUUGAGAUCACGAAUAUGCUGGCAAUAUUAGUUGUAAGGAUUGAAGGCGUUUGUUUAUGUUAAUCGGCCUUUUGCACUGGAAGAUUGUACUCUUUGAGUUAAAUAAGUGCCUCGUAAUAAUUGCUGAAAAACCUGUUACUGGAA